AUAUAUUUAAAUCUUUUUUAUUAUGGGAAAGAAUUAUAGAAAUAGAUCAAAGACAUCUGACACUCCAAGAAAACCCUUUGAAAAGGAACGUCUUGACAAUGAGUAAUUAAUAAUAUAUAUUAAAUUUUAGAUUGUAAAUUAUUGGUAAAUAUGGUUUGAAAAAUAAGAGAGAAGUAUGGAGAGUUUAACUUACAUUGGCUAGAAUUAGAAAGGCAGCAAGAGAAUUAUUAACACUUGAUCCAAAAGACCCAAGAAGAUUAUUUGAAGGAGAAGCCUUAAUUAGAAGAAUGGUUCGUUAUGGUUUAUUAUCAGAAUAAGAAAGAAAGUUGGAUUAUGUUUUAGGUUUAACAACAUAAAAAAUGAUGGAAAGAAGACUAUAAACAUUUGUAUUUAAAAGCAAUUAAGCAUCUUCAAUUCAUCAUGCUAGAACAUUGAUUAGAUAGCGACAUUUUAGGUAUAAUUUAGUAUUAUUAAAUUUAUUUAGAGUUGGAAAGAGAUUAGUAAAUUCUCCAUCAUUUUUAGUAAGAGUAGAAUCUGAAAAAUUGGUUGAUUUUGCUGUCACUUCACCAUUUGGAUAAGGAAGAGAAGGAAGAAGAAAGAGAAAGAAUGCUAAAAGAGCAAAACCAAAUAAAGAAGAAUGAAAACAAUUUAUUUUAGCAUAAGUACAAU